AUGCCAGCCGAGCGCACGAAGUCGAGUAAAGGCAACGAGGGGAAGGGAAAACCGUACAAGGGGAAAGGGAAGGGAAAGGCACCCCAGCGCGCACAAGAUGGUCAGGAGAAGAUACCCGGUGUACAGAAGAUAAAAUCUUCCCUACGGCAGGCAAGGAGGUUAUUGCUGAAGGACAAGAUCACCGCAGAUGUGCGCAACAACACGGAACGGCGCAUCAAGGCCUUGGAGGAAGAGCUCGAGAAGGCAGAACUUGCGCGGAAGGAACGCACCUUGGCAGCGAAAUACCACAAAGUCAAGUUCUUUGAACGCCAAAAGGCCCUGCGCAAAGUGCAGCAGUUGAAGCGUGAGCUGGCACACAAGCCAGAGGACGAAGACCUGCAAUCACGAUUGUUCGAGCGCAGAGUGGAUCUGAACUAUGUAUUGCACUACCCCAAACUCAAGAAAUACAUCUCCCUAUACCCUCCACAAAAGUCCGACGACGCAGCCCCCCAACCACCGGUCGAUACUAGCGAAACCGAUGCCGCACGAGCAGAGCUGAGGGACUCUGUACGGCAACGAAUGCAGGCUGGGGAGCUCCCUGCAGAGCCUGAAGUCGACAUCGACAGCAGACCGCGCGUGACGGAAAAGCGGGACGCGUCGAAGACUGCGCCCUCGAAGUCCAAGGUGGCGAAGGGGAAGACGGCUUCAGCACAACCAUCGUUUCAGACGGCGGCGGAGGACGAGUUUUUCGGGAAUGAUAGCGAUGGGGAGGAUGAUGAUGACGAUGAGGAGGAUGAGGAUUGA